AUGAACUCGCCGCCGAACUCGCUUAACCGUCAAUUCAACGAAUCUUCAUCCCCAAAACCACCAAAGGACGACGAUUCACAAACGAAGACAUUCCACGAUAUACAUAACUAUCAGUUCACUUUUCAUCACCAAAUGGUCCCUCCAUCACCGGAAUCUUCCAUCGUCUCUCCUCUCACUGUCGGUUCUACCCAUGAAGCUACCGUCAUACAAAGCAUUGAACGCGGCGAGUAUGCAACCAACGACCUCGACGAAACUCGCAGUUUGACCGAUAGCAUACGACAACACAUCGUCGACGGUGGUCUCAGAUAUCAUUCUUAUAAACAAGGGAAAUACCUUUUCCCCAACGAUGAAGCCGAGCAGGAUCGUGAGGAGCUCAAGCACAACUUGACCGUGUAUCUAUGCGAUGAUAGAUUAUUCUUUGCGCCCGUUGAACAUAGCCUGGAAAAAGGUGCCGAGGUACUCGACCUCGUUGCUGACAUGUACCCCAAAUCUCAAUUCCAUGGCAUGGACCUAUCACCUAUACAACCUGAUUGGGUUCCCGAAAACGCCCUCUUUUUUGUCGACGAUAUUGAGCAUGAAGCUGGCUGGACAUACUCCGAGGACUCGUUCGACUAUAUCCAUAUACGCCAUACUCUUCAUUCGAUAAAGGAUAGAGAACAGCUUUGGGAUCGAAUCUGGAAGCAUUUAAAACCUGGAGGUUACGUAGAAGUCCAGGAAUUUGUCUUCUUACCAGCCUGCGACGACAACUCAUGCGAUGGACCCUAUGCCUGGCGCGACUGGUGCAGAUACCUAAAAGAGGGCAUGGCUGCUCUCGGCACCGAUAUCCACGGCAUCAACUACGUCCACGAGGAGCUCACCCAAGCAGGCUUCGAAAACAUCACAACAAAAAGCUACAAAUGCCCCGUGGGUCCAUGGGCAAAGAAGCAACGACUCCAAGAGUGCGGCCAUGUCAUGCGCGACGCUGUAAUGUGGGGUCUCGUUGGACUAUCCCGACGUCCUUUCCGCGAUGGUCUCGGCUGGACAUUAAUCCAAAUCGAAAUGUUCCUCGUCGAAGUUCGCAAGUGUUUAAUGGAAGAAGUCAAUGGUCUGCCGAGGUAUCAUACAUACUUUCCUUAUCACAACAUACAUGCUCGGAAACCACUCAACCCAUAA